CAGUGCGGGCGAAGAUGGCGGCUGCCCCUGGGUCGCUGCAGGAGGAGGCGCUGAAGCGAAAGGAGCGGCUCAAGGCGUUGCGGGAGCGCACCGGGGCGGCCGCGGCCAGGCAGAAUAAAGAUGAUGGUGCACCAGAAGUCAAGCAGUUCAGAAGCGACAGCGAAGGGGAAGAGAAAGGAAAGCAUCAGGAGAUCAGGUUGCGGAACUACGCUCCGGAGGACGAAGAGCUCAAGGGACGUGUGGUGCCUCCGGCCCAGCCUGCCUCGGUGGAGGACAAGGUGAAAGACCAGCUGGAGGCGGCCAAGCCCGAGCCCAUCAUUGAAGAAGUGGAUUUGGCAAAUCUUGCACCCAGAAAACCCGACUGGGACUUGAAGCGCGAUGUAGCCAAGAAACUGGAGAAGCUUGAGAAGCGAACACAGAGGGCGAUUGCCGAGCUCAUCCGAGAAAGAUUAAGGGGCCAGGAGGAAAACCUGGCGGCCGCAGUCGACUCGGCCAAACAGGACGGGAGCGAUUCCGACUGAGGCUGCCUCCGGCUCCUCCGGAAAAUGGAUCGUCUUGGCUCAGCCCUGCAAGGCAGGAUUUGCGCCCGGCGUCUCUCAGGAAGGUUCUUAAUGCUCUAGGAGUGCAGGACUGUGGUGGGAAAUGGGCCCAGGCAUUUUUGUUACAAAGCUGCACAAUACAAAGGCGGAGGAAAGAUAGUUCUGUGUCAUCUUCAGGCUGCUUGUAGUAGUAGCUGGCAGGCUCCUGGGAAAGGCGUUCCCACAUUGGCAAGGCUGGAGGGCGAGGAAGAGGGAACACGCCGAGGGGUGCGGCGAAUCCCCUGCUCGUCUGUCUUCUCUGCUCCUGUGCUCAAAGAAUGCUUUGUAAGAAAAAUAAACCGCCAAGUUGUCAAAGAUCGAGUGUGGUGUUGCAAGGGCUGCUCCAAAAUGCAGCACAGGCAUUACCCAAUUUCAGCAAGAAGCGUUGGCCAAGCGUCUUUGAUGGUUCUAACCGCCCUGAAUGUGCUUUUCUGUCAGCCACUUUGUGCUCCUGCUGGGGGUUGUGGGGAGGGAGCCAUGGGGUUGUGCUGGGCUUGGUGAGAUCCUGGCACCGGAUUUCAGGCCAGCACAUGCCAAAACGACUCUGCUUGGAAAGAACGUGGGCUGAUCCCGGAAUCCAGGCCUGCAGAGGUCGCUGGAGCGGAGUCGGCUCUCUUGGCUUCCGGGCUGGCGAGGUGCUGAGAUGCAUUGGCCUGGCCAGGAGCCGCAGUUGCGUAAAUGGUCGUGUGGGCAGAGGGUUGCAUCCUGCUGCUCCCCAGCUUUCUGUCCCUGUAGCAGGUUGUCACUGUUACAACUGGCUUGUGAACCAACUUGUUAAUGGAGGGGCAGCGAUGCUUUAUUUUACAGUCUCGGUCCUCCAGAGCCAGUUCUGAGCAGAGAGAGGAUGUGUCCCGGAAAAGCUGAGGAGCCCGGGGUGGCUUGCUGAAAGCCACCUCUCCCGCACUGGAGAUGUUAACUUGCAGACUUUCUGUCUCCGUAUAUUUGCAGAGCUCGUUUCCCCUCUUCCCCCUGCCUUGAAAAAUGUGUGCCAUUCCUUUUUCUUUAAAUAUCUGGGUUGUCGUACAGAGUUAUUUUUUAUAAUUAAAUGUUCCAGAAUUA